AGGACAGAAAAGUUUCGUGUACACUAUCGUUGGCAUGGUGACUCGUUGAUAUUACACGAUUUUCGGAAAACGGAGGCGGGACAGUCGUUAAGCACGGGUGGAUGCACUUUCUAGGUUGUAUAUAUAGAUGAUUUUUUUUGACCAGCAAUUUACGGACAAUAAUUACAAAGUUUGUAAACUAUCUUUAUAUUCAUUAUAAACACAAAGACUGAAGCCUAAAUGACGACAGUGGAAUGCUAGUGAUACAAUUAACAACUUGUCAUUUUUUCGUUUUCGUCUUAGUUUGUUAGAUACGCUUGCUAUGGCUACCUAGCUAGCUACUUGUAGCCAGCUAACGUUAACUAAGUCAGCUCUCUAUUCUCGUCCUCUCAUGCAAAACAAGCUGCUAAGCUUCGCUAGUUCUCUCUUUGACUAAGUUUAGUUCACUUGUAGGUUUAUCAGCAGUUAGCAAACAUAGCUAGAGGGUGAGGAGAGGAGGCUCUCUUGUUGCCACGCAACUGUAUGACCCCCUGUCUUCAACACCUGUUGGAAAGGUGACCCCUGCCUGACCUGUGACAAGUCACAUCAUCCACAGAGAGUGACACCAGCAUGGCAGGGCUGGCGUUAGAGUGGAGGGGCUGACGUCAUGCUCUCACCCUGCUGACACAUUUUUAGAAAGCACUCAACACUAGAACGAGAGAGAGAGAGAGGAAAAGCCUUAGAGGGAGACAGACAGCCCUUGACAGUGAAACGAGAGAGAGAAGAAGAAGAAGGGAGGAGAGGAGAGAGACAGACAGCCCUUGGCAGUGAAACGAGAGAGAGAAGAAGAAGAAGGGAGGAGAGGAGAGAGACAGACAGCCCUUGACAGUGAAACGAGAGAGAGAAGAAGAAGAAGGGAGGAGAGGAGAGAGACAGACAGCCCUUGACAGUGAAACGAGAGAGAGAAGAAGAAGAAGGGAGGAGAGGAGAGAGACAGACAGCCCUUGGCAGUGAAACGAGAGAGAAGAAGAAGGGAGGAGAGGAGAGAGAUUAAGCCUCAUCAAAAGAAACGAACAGUUCUCUUUCACAAUACAUCUCAUUGACUUACCAUGCCAGUAAAGGUCAUUGAAUGGAAUUGAGAAACUCACAUGAGUCUUUUCAACCUCUCUCCUCUUCCCUGGUUGUUGUUCUAGGCCCAAAUAACAAUAUGUUCUCAGUCAACAUACCUGGUAGCAUAAUGGUUGGAUAAAUAACUUCAGUCAACUUACCUGGUAACACAAGGGUUGGAUAAAUAACUUCAGUCAACUUACUUGGUAACAUAAGGGUUGGAUAAAUAACUUCAGUCAACUUACCUGGUAACAUAAGGGUUGGAUCAAUAACUUCAGGCAACUUACCUGGUAACAUAAGGGUUGGAUAAAUAACAUCAGGCAACUUACCUGGUAACAUAAGGGUUGGAUAAAUUACAUUGAAUAACAGAACAACAAGAGUCAAAGCAAUGUUCAGACAGACGGACACCUCGUCCAAGAGACGUCAUGGAGGACACGGGGGUCUCACAGCCUUACCCUCGCCUCCUCACCCCCACCAGGGUGGGCGUAUCCGGGGGGUGGAGGUGGCCCGCGGGAGGGCAGGGUAUGGGUUCACCCUCUCUGGCCAGGGCCCCUGUGUCCUCAACUGCAUUCUAAAAGGAAGUCCGGCGGACUACGUGGGUCUCCGCUCCGGUGACCACAUCCUGUCCGUGAACGACAUAAACGUCUCCAAGGCUUCGCACGAGGACGUCGUCAAGCUGAUUGGCCGAUGCACGGGGGUUCUGCUAUUAGUCGUCGCCGAGGGAGACCGGGGAGGCCGUCGUCACGGACACGGCGGUACCAACCGCAACCGUCGCCACGGAAACAAUUCAGGAAGUCCAGCCGGAGGAGCGGCAGCCGCCGCGGACUCGUGCUCCAGCGACGAGGAGUUGUGUGGUUUCCAUAACAGCAGCAGCGGAGGAGGAAACAACAAAAACGUGAAGCCGGGUUCCCGUGGUAACAGCGCCAGCGGAGGAGGGGGUGGUGGCUGGUUCAAGCCCAAGCUGGACUCUAAGACCCUGGGUAUUAACAGGGCAGAGAGGGUGGUGGCGGAGAUGCAGUCUGGAGGAAUAUUCAACAUGAUCUUUGACAACUCUUCACACUCCUCCAGCAGCUCAGAGAAAGACAGGGUCAUCGCUCCUCCUCCUCCUCCUCCCCGUGCCUCCUCUUCCUCGUCUGCGUCGGCCAAGCCUGCGAGGCCCCUGUCAGAGCCAGAGUUCCCCCCGUACCAUAAGGGGAGAGGCCGUUCCCAUAGCAACCCCAACCUGCUCUCUGAGGAGGAGAUGGACAGGGUUCUAAUGGCCGACGACGCAGUGUUCCUGGACGGGUUCCAUCUGCAGGAGGCAGAGAUCCAGGUGGAGGUGGAAGGGGAGGACUUCUCCCUGGAGCCCAGCGAGGGGAUCCUGAACGUGGGUAUGAUGGUAGGGUACCUGGGCUCCAUAGAGCUGGCCUCUACAGGCGCUAGUCUGGAGAGUGACAGUCUGCAGGCCAUCAGAGGAAGCAUGAGACGACUCCGAGCUGAACAGAAGAUACACUCCCUGGUCCUCAUGAAGGUGAUGCACGAUUGUGUGCGGCUGUGCAGUGACAGGAGACAGGUCCUUGCUACCUACCCCGCCGAAAAGCUAGCCUUCAGCGCCUGUUGCCCCGACGACCGACGCUUCUUCGGACUGGUCACCAUGCAGGCCACCCAUGACGACGUCGGUCACUAUGGCAAUGGUAACCGGGAGGAAGAGGGCGGGCUGAGGACUUCCUGUCACGUGUUCAUAGUCGACCCGGAACUCUGUCAUCACCAGGUCCAUGUGGGUGUGGCCAGGAGGUUUGGGUUUGAGUGUACUCCUGAUCCUGAUACUGGAGGGUGUCUGGAGUUCCCCCCUACCUCCCAGCCUCUGCUCCAGUUUGUGUCUGUUCUCUACCGGGACAUGGGGGAGAACAUCGAGGGGGUCCGGGCGCGGGCGUUCGUUGAUCCGGACAACGACCCACAGCAGAACCACAGCACCAGUAGCAACAGCGACAGCGGCAUCGGUAACUUCCUGCCAGAUGAAAAGAGUAACCGUGUCUUAUUGGUUGACCUGGGAGGCCAUAAUCACAACCCCGGUCCACGCCACUGGGACAGCCCUCCUCCUCCCUCGGCCCCGGGCUGGAACCAAGUCCCUCCUGGUGUCGUCCCUGGCCCCCCUCUCUCCCCUCCUCCUCCCCCUCACCUCAACAACAGCUACCCUCCGCCUUCCCCCCCUUCCAUCCCCCCUCGAGGGGCCCACUCCUCCCAGCCCUCACUCCACCACUACCUGCCAGGGAAGAGGGGAGGAUCUGGAGGAGGAGCGGAGCAGAGCCUGGCCCCGCCCCAACACCAUCAGUCUCAACGCUGGUUACCAGUCCACGUCCUGAGAGACUGGAGACAACCAGGCCAGGCAGGACAAACGCAGGGACAAGGAGGGCUGUGUAGUGAUCAGGAGUCCUAUGCUGAGUCAACAGAUGGCUGGUCAUCAACGAACUGUAGCACCCUCCCGCCACCCAUGAACAAGAUACCCGCGGAUCGCUACAGGGCUCCACUACCAGCCGGGGACCUACCCCUGCCUCCACAGCCUCCCGGGCUGGCCACGCAGAAGGAUGAGUGGGCUAAGAAGCUGUUUGGGCCCGCGGCUGGAGAGAAAGGACUCAGAGAGCCCAAGCAGAAUGGGAAGAGACGCGGGAAUGGGAAAGACAGGGAGAAGAAGGCUGGUCGGUUUAGAGGUCUGACGAAGGGCUUCCCUCCUCUACCUCAGCGCUCCUCGGGAAGGCGCUCCUUCGGCCGCAUCAGCCUGGCACGCUCGCUGGAUGACCUGGAGGUAGGACACACACACAGACACCCACACACAUACACACACACACACACACGCAGGUGCAGGCAUACAUACAUACACACCCAUAUGCCCUUAAAUCCUCAAACAAAACACUUCUACCUAAAACUGACCCUCACACUUCUACCUAAAACUGACCCUCACCACCCCUAAAACACUUCUACCUAAAACUGACCCUCACCACCCUAAAACACUUCUACCUAAAACUGACCCUCACACUUCUACCUAAAACUGACCCUCACCACCCCUAAAACACUUCUACCUAAAACUGACCCUCACCACCCCUAAAACACUUCUACCUAAAACUGACCCUCACCACCCCUAAAACACUUCUACCUAAAACUGACCCUCACCACCCCUAAAACACUUCUACCUAAAACUGACCCUCACCACCCCUAAAACACUUCUACCUAAAACUGACCCUCACCACCCCUAAAACACUUCUACCUAAAACUGACCCUCACCACCCCUAAAACACUUCUACCUAAGACGGACAAAUCUGGGUUUAGCGGAUGCCAGGAUAACGCUU